CACAGCCAGCCUGGCUCUGAUGCUCACUGCGUCUGUCUGAAGGCUCCAAACGGGAUUAUCCUCCUGCAAUCAUCCCCAUAGCAACAACUACUGCUAAUUAACUCUCGCUUUUAAGGCUUUCCUCACCCGGACUUUGCACUUUUUAUUUCCGCAGCAUGGAUCACUGCGCGAUAUUUGGAGCGAAACAAUGAAGAUGUUCUUUCACUUGAUGCUGUUACCCAACUUGCCUUUUCACUGAGCAUCUCUGCCGCCAUGAAGCUGGCUGCGCACCAGAUGGCUGGCACGGCUAUGAGCGCGCUCACGACAGGUGUGCAGUACCUGGGCUCCAACGACGCCAGCUACGAUGACCUCUCCGCCGACUCCGGCCAAUCGAAGAACGGCUUCGUCCUUGGAACUAAGGAGGUGAUUUUCACCGCCAUUGCUCCGGUUUUUCCCACCAACAUCUCGGGAUUAGUGCUGGGUAAUGCCACCGCUGUGGAGAGCGUCGAAGCGCCGCAGUGUGCGGAGAACUUAGCAGACAACCUUGAGUGCUUCAUGAUCCUCACCCCUAGUCAGCAGCUUGCAAUCGUCAUCUUGGCGCUCACUUUGGGUACCUUCACCGUGUUGGAGAACUUCAUGGUUCUGUGUGUGAUCCUCCACUCCCAAACGCUUCGAUCUCGGCCUUCUUACCACUUCAUCGGCAGCCUGGCUGUGGCCGAUCUCAUUGGAAGCAUCAUUUUUGUCUACAGCUUCUUGGACUUCCAUGUUCUGCACAGGAAGGACAGCCCUAACGUUUUCCUCUUUAAGCUGGCCGGAGUCAUCGCCUCCUUCACGGCCUCCGUUGGGAGUCUCUUCCUCACCGCCAUUGACCGCUACAUCUCCAUCCACAGGCCAAUGGCGUACAAGCGUAUCGUCACCAAGACGAAGGCCGUGAUCGCCUUCAGCAUGAUGUGGACCAUCUCCAUCGUCAUCUCGUUGCUGCCGUUGCUCGGCUGGAACUGCAAGCGGCUCGGCUCCGUCUGCUCGGACAUUUUCCCGCUGAUUGACCGGAGGUACCUCAUGUUCUGGAUUGGGAUAACGAGCGUCUUGGUGUUGUUCAUCAUCUACGCCUACAUGUUCAUCCUCUGGAAGUCGCACCACCACGCCGUCCGCAUGCUGAGCCGGACCUCCCAGAGGAGCGUGAUCAUCUACACCGCAGAAGGCGCCAAAGUGCAAACGGUGAGGCCCGAGCAAGCCCGGAUGGACCUCCGCCUGGCCAAAACGUUGGUCAUGAUCCUGGUGGCCCUCAUCAUCUGCUGGGGCCCGCUACUUGCCAUCAUGGUUUACGACCUGUUCGGGAAGGUGGACGACUUCAUCAAGACCGUGUUCGCCUUCUGCAGCAUGCUGUGUCUGCUCAACUCCACUGUGAACCCCGUGAUCUACGCCAUGAGGAGCAAAGACCUGCGCAGGGCCUUCCGCAACAUCUGCCACAUGUGGCGCGGAGGCUCUCAGACCCUGGACAGCAGCGCCGAGAGCGACUGGACCAGCAGGAGCAUGAGAGCAGCCGCAGCCGCCGCGGCAGCAGCUGGCAGGGCGGAGAAAAAACGCGGCCGUCGUGAGAAAACUGAAGCGAAAGUAUCUCAGGUUAGAGUUUCUGGAGGCACGGAGUCUUCUGCAGCACAGCCCGUCUGAAACCAACGACGCUUCUGCACAACUGUGACACUAAUAGUGUUGUUUAGUCUCUGACCUGUUAGCUUUGUUACUAUAAAAUGUGCCAAAAUGACAAGAAAAAAAGAAAUAGGAGUUUAUGGAUUUAAAAAAAGGGUGAUGGAUACUUUUAGACCCGAUUUUCGAUUUUAAUCGAUUUUUUUCCUUUCUAAAAGAUGGACGGACUACUAGGGCCAUACUAAGAAAAGAAAAGAAAAGAAAAGAAAAGAAAAUGAAAAAAUUACAAAAACAAAUUCUGAAUAUUUAGAGAAUUAAGUUGAAAUACUAUUAUUUUUCACAUAAUACUAUGACUUUCUUCUCAUUAUUUUGACUAUUCUCGUAAUUUAUUGUCUAUUCUUGUAAUUUUAUUUAUUUAUUAUUUUCUUGGCUUACUCUGUAAAAACAAAUGACAGAAAAAUAUUUUCAAAAAAUGGAUUUUAUUUCAAUCAUGUGAUUAGGCCAGGCUACCAGAAUGUUUUGUUUAAUUAUGACGACAAUAUAAUCAUAAUAUUAGCAGAAUAAAGACAAUUUUACCAGUAAAACUUCUUAAAAUGGCAAGAAAAAAGUUGUUUGCUCAAAGUUAUCAGGGUCUGAAGUGACUCAGUUGUUUGCAUGAUUGUUUCACUUCUGCUACUGAUAGAUAAUUUGAUUUGAUGCUGUGAAAACAUUAAGUAUUAUGUGUAAAAUUUACACCAAAGUAUAACUUCACAAGGUGCUCAGCAUUGCUCAUUUUAAUAUUUGGUUAUUUUUCAUAAAAUUACUACUUUAUUCUUCUAACAUUGUGAUUGUAUUCUUGUAGUUAAAAGAAAAAUAAAUAUUAAACUCAAAGUCCAAAUAAAUAGAAGCUUUAAAAUACGCUUGUAAGACAACAUGGCGGCUUUGGGCAAGCGGACAUCACUCUGGAUGGGGAAAGUCCAGAUUCCAGUAUUCAAAAAUUCAAUUAACCGAUAAAAUCAAUUUAUUGCCUAGAUUUUGUAAUAAUUAAAAACAUUUUGAUGAAGGACAUUUUUGUGUUGGAGGAUCUACUGAUGCUUUGUCGCCUUUGCUCCUGCUUAAAAAGUGAAGAUCAUUUCAGCUGUGAUGUGUUGUAUUUUAUUCAUUUUUACUACAUAAUGCUGCAACAUUUUGACAGUGAUCUGUUGUGAAAAUAUUUUUUUAUUUUUUGUUUUGGUAAUUAUUAAUUGUAUUUACAAAAAAGAGUUUUAAUCCUGCACUGCGUCACUCCUGUGCAAAAGCUAUUGUGCCACUGUGUCACAUAACAGUAUUUACAAUCAAGGAAGUACUUGGUAAGGUGUGAAUCUUAUCUAUUUUUGUCCUAAUUUGGUUCAAAUGUUGGAUGUCUUUUUAAAAUAAACUGAAUAUCCCAGCU